AUGUCACCCUGUGAUCUCUCUCUUCCGGCUGCAGCCGCCGCUGUCAUGUCAGCCAAAAACACUGCACCGGCAGAGGAUGGGCAGGAGCUGAAGAGUGUGGUGAGCCGGGUGGCCAGCCUGGCCCUGGUGAGCUCUGCCUGCGGCGCCGUCUCCACAGCGUACACCACCACCAAGGAGAGCCACCCCUACGUCAGGUCCGUCUGCGACGCCGCCGAAAAGGGGGUGAAGACGCUGACAGCAGCGGCGGUCAGCGGGGCCCAGCCCAUCCUCACCAAGCUGGAGCCGCAGAUUUCCACUGCGAACGAGUACGCCUGCAAAGGGCUGGAUAAGCUGGAGGAGAAGUUGCCCAUCCUGCAGCAGCCCACGGAGAGGGUGGUUGCAGGGACCAGGGAGCUGGUGUCAUCCACUGUGAGCGGGGCGGUGGGCCUGGCCCGUGGCGCAGUGCAGGGCAGCGUGGAGAGGACGCGCUCGGCACUGAGCACCGGUGUCAGCAGCGUGGUGGGCUCCCGCGUGGGCCGGCUGCUGGCCACAGGGGUGGACGCGGUGCUGGGGAAAUCGGAGGAACUGGUGGAGCGAUACCUGCCUGGGACAGACGAGGAGCUGGCAGUGGCGGCAGCGGGUGUAGAGGUGGCCUCACCGGAGUGGCAGAGACGGUGGCAGAGUUACUUUGUCCGCGUGGGCUCGCUCUCAGCCAAGCUACGGCACCGAGCCCUCCGGCGCUCACUGGGUGAGCUGCAGCGGGCACGGCACAGCGCCCUCCAGGUCCUGGCCAAGCUCCACCACAUCUUCGAGCUGAUUGAACAGGGGUGGCAGGGCAUGGACGGGCCCCUGUACGGCACCCGGCAACACCUCCACCGCAUGUGGCUGGAGUGGAGCCAGCAGGAUGCUGUGCCCAUGGAGGAGAGCGAGGUGGAGGCACGGACACUGGCCAUGCUACGCGGGCUCCUGUGCCAGCUCCACGCCACCUGCACCCGCCUGGUCACCAGCGCCCGGAGUUUCCCCAACAGCGUGCAGGAGACGGCGGGACACGUCCGGCACAGCGUGGAGGGCAUGCAGGCUUCCCUCUCCCACGCCCACUCCUUCCACGACCUGUCGGGUUUGGUGCUGGCGCAGAGCCGGGAGACGGUGAUGCGGGCGCAGCUGAGCAUUGACGAGCUGCUGGAGUAUGUGGGGCAACACGCGCCCCUGCCCUGGCUGGUGGGACCCUUCGCCCCCGUCCUCGUGGAGUAUCCGGAGGAUGUCCCUGUGGAGAUGGCCAAAUGGGAGGGUUGUGUCACCGUGGGGGGGUCCCACCAUGUGGCCACUCCCCCACGGCUCUGCAGCCAUGGGGUGGGUGGUGGGGUGGAGGGUGCUGGUGGGUGGCGGGGGUGGCUGGACUGUGAACCGCAGCCGUGUGGCACUGACCUUCGUCCCGGUUAUCACCGGCACGGGGCUGGGCCCAGGGUGUCCCCAACAUUGCAGCCGCAGCGUGGCCACGGCACCCAGCGGGGUGGCACCAGCUCCCCCAGGACUGGCCGUCCUCCUGCCACUGGCACCCACUGGGACCAGUCUGACCUUCGCUGGGCAAGCUCCACCAUGGCCACCAGUGAGCCUGGGACGGCGCAGCCCAAGGCGGAGGAGCAGCAGAGCAUCGGGACGCGGGUGGCCAGCCUGCCCCUGGUGAGCUCUGCCUACGGCAUGGUCUCCACCGCCUACGCCUCCACCAAGGAGAGCCACCCCUACGUCAGGUCCGUCUGCGACGCCGCCGAAAAGGGGGUGAAGACGCUGACAGCAGCGGCGGUCAGCGGGGCCCAGCCCAUCCUCACCAAGCUGGAGCCGCAGAUUUCCACUGCCAACGAAUAUGCCUGCAAAGGGCUGGAUAAGCUGGAGGAGAAGCUGCCCAUCCUGCAGCAGCCCACGGAGAAGCUCAUCUCGGACACCAAGCAGCUGGUGACAUCCACGGUGACAGGGGCCAAGGAUGUCCUGACCAGCACCGUGGCUGGGGCCAAGGAUGUGGUGACCAGCCGGGUGACGGGUGUGAUGGACAUGACCAAAGGGGCUGUGCAGGGCAGUGUGGAGCUGACCAAGUCGGCGGUGAGCAGCGGUGUCAGCACUGUCAUGGGCUCCACUGUGGGCCAGAUGGUGGUGAGCGGGAUGGGCUCUGUGCUGGAGAAGUCGGAGGAGCUGGUGGACCAUUACCUGCCCAUGACAGAUGAGGAGCUGGCCAAGUUGGCCACGGCUGUGGAGGGCUUUGAAACGGAGCAGCAGAAGCAGCAGCAAAGUUACUUCGUGCGCCUGGGCUCUCUCUCUACCAAGCUGCGGCACCGAGCCCUCCAGCACUCGCUGGGCAAGCUGCAGAAUGCCCGCCGCAGCAGCCAGGAUGUGCUGGUCCAGCUCCAACGCACCCUCGACCUGGUGGAGCACCUCAAGCAGGGCAUGGACCAGAAGCUGCAAGGAGGGCAGGAGAAGCUGCAGCAGAUGUGGCUGGAGUGGAGCAAGAAGCAACCAGGCGGUGGCAAAGACCUGGUGCCACCAGAGCCGGUGGAGUCGGGCACACUGGCCAUGCUGCAGGGCUUGACACAGCAGCUCCAGAGCUCCUGCCAGCCCUUGGUGUCCAGCCUCCAGGGCCUCCCCACCAGCAUCCAGGACACGGCGGGGCAGGUCCGGCAAAAUGUGGAAGAGCUCCGGGCGUCCCUCGCCUCUGCCGCCUCCCUGCAGGACGUGACAAGCAGUGUGCUGGCCCAAGCCCGUGCCCAUGCCACCAAAGCUCGCCAGCUGAUGGAUGAGCUGGUGGAGCAUGUGGCGCACAACACCCCCCUGACGUGGCUGGUGGGACCCUUUGCCCCGUCGGGCCAGCGCCUGGUGGACCUGGAGAUGAAGUAGCAUCCUCUGGGGUGGGGUGACACUGGUGUUGUCCCCCCCAAGCCUAGAUAGGAGCAUCUACUAACCUCUGCCUGGCCCACCUUGCCUAUAACCAUAGUGCCUGCCUGUACCGGGGAACCCCUCCUGCCUGCCCAGGUGCAGCCCUGUCCCUUGUCACCUGUGCCAGGCACGUGCAGCAAAGUGCCUUGGUUCCCCCCAAGUGCCUGGUUGGGGUCACCUCCAGCCCCCAGCUGUAUCCCCCAUGUCCCCUCAUCCUUCAAGCCACCAGCCACGUAGGGUUGGGGACAGCUUGUGAAGCAAUAAACUCUGGUUAGUUUUCACUGGA